AUGAAUAAAUUUGCAAACACUCUCAUUCUUUUCACGACCCUGGCAUGCCAAGCGCUCAGCUGCAACGGCCAGGGGAUGGUUCAUUCAUUCGACGCAAUCAUACCAUCAGCAAACCUGACAUGGACACAAUGUUUUGAUGACUUCACAUGCGCCAAACUGCAAGUACCCCUCGAUUACUCGAACAAAAGCACCGGAACCACGUCCAUCGCCUUUAUCAAACUGGCUGGCAAGAAUGCCACCGCCAGUUCACAAAGCAUCGUAGCCAUCCCGGGCGGCCCGGGCGGCUCAGGAAUCGAUCUUCUCUUGGGACUCCGCCAUACCGUAGGACAAAUGCUUGGAGAGCAGUACAACUAUGUGUCAUUCGAUCCUCGUGGUGUCAACAACAGCGGCCCCAAGCUGGACUGCUUCUCGGGGGACGCUGAAGCAAGAGCCACGUUCAAGCGGCUGCACUACUCGGGCGUGACCAACACGUCCUCUUCUUCGCUCCAAGAGCAAUACUAUUCCAGCUCCAUCUAUGGAGAGCGGUGUAACGAAGCUGUCGAGAACAACAGUCCACAUGGGUAUUAUGUGACCACCCCAGCCGUCGCUCACGACCUGCUCACAUUCGUCCAGGCCGAGGCUGAACUGGCCGGCAAGCCAACCCAAGACGCCAAGCUGUGGUCCUACGGUGGCAGUUACGGCACCGUCAUCGGCACUACUUUUGCCACCAUGUUUCCGGAUCGGAUCGGGAGAAUGAUACUCGACGGUGUCAUGGAUGCAGACCAGUACUAUGACAACACAUGGUGGGACAAUAUCGACCAAGCGGACGAGACCAUGGAAAGGUUCUCCGCCUCGUGUCACGCUGCAGGUCCCGACGCCUGCACGUUCUGGGGCCCAACCGCAGCCGACAUCACCACCAGAUUGGACGCCAUCAUCCAUCGGCUCCAGGACCAUCCCGUCCCGAUAGGCAGAGCCGGGGGCGCCGGCCUUCCGUCAAUCGUCAAUGUCACCUACUCUGACCUGAAGGCACUGCUCAUGCAGACCGUCUACAGCCCGUUGCAGUCAUUUCCAGUCCUGGCAGACGUUCUGCACGAGGUCGAGCGGGGCAACUUGUCUGCUCUUGUGGGCAUGUUUGACGACUAUAUAAGUUUUACAAACGACGCCGGUCGUGUGAUCCGCUGUGCCGACUCUCACCGCCGCAAUCGACUCGCCACGAUCGAAGGGUUCAAGGAUUACGCCAACCACUUGGUUUCCCAGAGCAAGUACGUCGGCGACAUUUUUGCCAUCUAUGUGGAUACAAUCUUGUGCAGAUCAAUGCAACCUCGGUUGCCCGACAGCAUGGUCAUCCAAGGUCCAAUCAAGCUGGACAAACCUACGUCUUUCCCUAUUUUAUUUACGAGCAACGUCGUCGACGGCUUGUCGCCCUUGAAAUCGGCACGCAAAGUAUCUUCUCGAUUUCCCGGAUCGGUGCUGCUGCUACAGGAAGCCGUUGGGCACGUCGUCCUUGAGCAAGGCGGUUCGAACUGUUAUUUUGGCCAUGUCCAGGCCUACCUCCAAGGUGUAGUGCCUCCGUCUAACGUCACAUGCCCGCGACAAUACGUACCUUUCGUGGGCGGCCUCGUGUGA